AUGCCUCGGCGAAUUAUCCUGCUAACGGGUGCACCGUCGCCGUCUGAUCUGGAUCAAGAAGACGCAUACACUGUUCAGUAUUUCGAUGAACCGUUUCACGAAUUGAUAGAAGCUGGAAAUUUUGGCCACGAGCGCCAUCACAAGUCCUCGCCAAGCAUUGCGCCAUGGCGGUCCAUCCCAUUGCAUCGAAAACCGCUUCAUACAGGGCUCACCCAAUCGUACAGUUUUCUCGUCAACUCUUUCCACGGCCAUCAUCAGCACAAUGACUUCUUCUCCCCUUCCUCCCUGGCGUCGUCGUAUGAUGGGUGCGAUGCCACAAGGGUCGAACAGGACGAGGCAGAACUCACCGAGUUCUGUGAGAAGUCACUCGCAAUCCAUACCUCGUUAACUUGUUCUCCGCUGGGAAAUGAAGACGAGGACAUGACGACCACUUUCUUUGACGAAACAUCUUUCUUGUCCAGCUCGACGGGUUCCCACGGGGCUCGUGGUCAUCGGCCGCCGGCACCCAACAUCCCGCCGGCCCAUCUCUCCGAUCUGGAAGACGUACCAUCUGCGAAGCAGGUCCUCUCCCUCCAGCCACAAACCAUUACGCUCAACAUAAUUGCCGGCAUACUUUCCAUCUCGCAACCGCGCUCCGUCACCACCCGGUGGGGCACAACGCUCUCGCUCGUCGAAGUGCUUCUGGGCGACGAUACACGCUCGGGAUUCGCAGUCACGUUUUGGCUGUCGGGCGAGGCAGUGGCGGGGAGCGAUUUGCUCAGCUUGCGCCGGCAGGAUGUGGUUUUGCUGCAAAAUGUCGCGCUGCAUGUGUUUCGCGGAAAGGUCUACGGCCAGAGCUUGCGACGCGGGCAGACAAGGGUGCAUCUACUCUGGAGCAAGAGGAAGGAGGGAAAUGCUUGCUACAGUUCCAGAGCGCUGGCCGCUUGUACUGCAAAGGAAGGCGCCGAGAAUCCGCAAGUUGUGAAAACAAGGGCUGUCCGGGAUUGGAUCAUACAAUACGUCGGCACCGAUCCCGAAAUCAAGAGCCUCAACAACCGGAAUGUUUGGGAUCGACCACCUCAAGACACUCAAUAA